AUGAGGGCCAUGUUUAAUGACGAUAACGUCAAAGGCUCUUUCUUCCUAGCGACGUUGCCUGACACCAUGGACAACGUCAUUGACAACCUGGCCACCCGCCAGCUUACUGCCUUCCAGGACAUAGAGCCUAAGAUCCUGGAUAUUAGCGAAAAACACUCACUGGACACCACUAAUUCAUUAAGUGCCUACGCUACCCGCCAGACAGCUGCGCGACAACAAAACGCCCACGUCUACACUAACUGCAACGAGCUUCGCAAACACAAGGAGCAGCAGAAGAAGAUGCCAUCUAAAGGCAAGGACGCUGCUGGCAAACGUAAUAAGCGACAGAAAGGUAACUCCGCCAAAGUCGUUAAUAAUGAGGUAGAUGACGACGACGACGACGACUCCUCCACCACGGAAGUUAACGGAUUCGCUGCCAACGUUGUUAACCUCACCACUCCACUAUUAACGCCAACGGCUUCCCCACCACAAAUCAACGCUAAUGGGAAAUAG